AGGAGGACUCUCUGCGGGGAUUCGAGCUCCUGCGCUGCGGCUGGAUUUUUCUUUUAUACCCUCGUUGGCAGGAGGAGCUGAAAACCCCACUACCACCGUCUGUCUCUGGCCGAUCAUCAAGCAGCUGUGACAUGUCCAGAAGGAAGAUGGAGAGCAUCGGGCGGAGCUGGGUGGUGUCUCUCAUUCUGUUGUGUGACGUAACAAAGUUCUUCGUGCAGGCGAGUAUGGGCGUCAAUGAGACUCAUGAGCACCAGCAUCCGACCAACGUCUACCACGACAUCGGACUGACCAGGAACAAGAUCGUAACGGCCCAGUUCGAGUGCUAUCAGAAGAUAAUGAAGGACAGCGCCCACGGCCGACAAGAGCACCUGUGUAAUCGGACGUGGGACGGCUGGCUGUGUUGGGACGACACCAAGGCCGGGGUCGUCUCCGAGCAGAACUGCCCAGACUACUUCCAGGACUUCGAUCCUUCAGAGAUGGUCACAAAGAUUUGCACUGACACCGGUGAUUGGUUCCUGCAUCCCGAAAGCAACCGGACAUGGACCAACUUCACCCGCUGCAAUGAACACACCAGCGAAGUCAGAGUGACUGCGAUGAAUCUCUUCUACUUGGCGCUCAUAGGACACGGACUGUCCCUGACGUCCCUGCUCGUCUCCCUCGGAAUAUUCUUCCAUUUCAAGAGUUUGAGUUGCCAAAGGAUCACGCUUCACAAAAACCUCUUCUUCUCCUUCGUCCUCAACUCGGUCAUCACCAUCAUCCUGUUGACAGCAGUGGCAAACAACCAGGAGCUGGUUCAGAGGAAUCCAACGAGCUGCAAAGUUUCCCAAUUCAUUCAUCUCUACCUGUUUGGCUGCAACUACUUCUGGAUGCUGUGUGAGGGGAUCUACCUGCACACGCUCAUCGUGGUGGCCGUGUUCGCUGAGAAGCAGCACCUGAUGUGGUACUACCUCCUCGGCUGGGGCUUUCCUCUCAUCCCGGCGACCAUACAUGCCGUUGCUCGAAGUUACUACUACAAUGACAACUGCUGGAUCAGCUCCAAAACAUCGCUGCUCUACAUCAUCCACGGUCCCAUCUGCGCUGCUCUGCUGGUGAAUCUGUUCUUCCUGCUGAACAUCGUGCGAGUGCUCAUCACCAAGCUGAAGGUGACCCAUCAGGCGGAGUCCAGUCUGUACAUGAAGGCGGUGAGAGCCACCCUCAUCCUGGUGCCUCUUCUGGGAAUCCAGUACGUGCUGCUGCCUUACAAGCCGGAGGGACGGGUGUCCUCGGAGAUCUACGACUACAUCAUGCACAUACUCAUGCAUUACCAGGGUCUGCUGGUGGCCACCAUCUUCUGCUUCUUCAACGGAGAAGUGCAGUCAGUUCUGAGGCGGCACUGGAACCAGUACAAUAUCCAGUUUGGCAGCAGCAUAGGGAACCACUCGGACGCCCUGCGCUCCGCCUCCUACACGGCCUCCUCCAUCACCGAGGUGCAGGGCUGCUACAGCAUCGACGGCCACAGUGAACACAUGAACGGGAAGAGCUGCCACGACUCAGACGGCCUGAAGUCAGACAGCCCCCCCGCCUGACAGGGACACGCUUAUCAGACUCUACCCAUCCUGUCCCACCCGUAAAAAAAAACAGCAGCAUGUUUCGGAGCUCUGUGGAAGAAGGAAAGGAGAGAGGAAAACGUGUGGGAACCCCGUCUCUCAUCCAACGC